CAAAUCUCCUCUCCGGUCUCUAUACAACAAAAUGGCGUGCAAGGCUCCCGCCGUGACAAUUGGAGCCUUUGAAGGCGGCAUCUCGACAUCUAGCUGCACUACUCCGAACGAAGAGACGCCCCUUAUCCGCUCGAGGAGGCGACAUUCUUUCCAGCAUGCGAGACGGUCGUCUUGUGACUACGACGGAGAUGCUGUCUUUCUACGGGUCGAGGUCUUUCUUGUCGAAUUAGAACGACGUCUACAAUGGCUCGAAGAAUACCGUAAAUCCCACAUGGAAUCGAUAGACGCUAGCAUGCGAAGAGGAUAUGCGGCACUAGAAGCCGUUCGAGACUCGUGUUGUGCAGCAUCAGGCGAAUUAAUGGGAGGCGGCAAGAAACGGGCCAAAAUCCUCGUCGAAACACUCGAAGGACGAUACAACGAAGCUUUAGCAACCAAGGAAACUCUUAGCGAAAAAGCGUAUGCUGGCAUGCGACUUAUGGAGUCAUUUCUGAGCGAUAUCGAGGCUAGGUCUCAAUUAGUCCGAGAGGCGGCCGGUAUCUCGAGUGCCUUUGAUGAAGGUUGGAAAGCGGUUGACUCAGGGUUGAAUCAUGCGCGGGAAGCUGUGAACGAAGCAGUGGAUGAAGGUAUGGAGAGUGUGCGACGGGCCAAGGAAGCGCUGCGCGAGAGUAUAGAUCGUGCUAUUCUCCUGGCACAGGAGCGCCGUCUCAUUCAUUACCAUGACCUGCCGCAUCCAUGGAGAGUCAAUCCACAUAUUCUACAGGGCUAUCGAUUCACGGCAUCUCCGAAAGAGUGCGUUACUUCGGUGUUCUCCUUUUCGAACGAACUAGUCAAUAUCUGGUCUCAUUUAAUCGGCUUGUUUAUCGUUUUAUCGAUCGCUUUCUAUUUUUACCCUCUCAACCCGAACUUCCACCUCAGCACAAGAGCGGACAUCAUGAUCGCCGCCGUGUUUUUCUUCGCAGCCUGUAAGUGCCUCGUCUGCAGCACAAUAUGGCAUACCAUGAACGGAAUCGCAAAUCAAAAAGUCAUGGAACGAUUCGCCUGCGUCGAUUACACCGGUAUUUCAUUCCUAGUCGCAGCAUCAAUAAUGACAACCGAAUACACCGCAUUCUACUGCGAACCGACCUCCCGCUGGAUCUAUAUCCUUCUCACCUUCUCCCUCGGCAUCGGCGGCGUUAUUUUGCCAUGGCACCCAACCUUCAACCGACCCGACAUGUCCUGGGCCCGCGUCGCAUUCUACAGCUUCAUGGCUUUAACAGGGUUCGCACCCUUAAUCCAACUAAGCUAUUCUCGCGGCUUUUCAUGGUGUCUAUAUUUCUACGCACCCGUCAUGAAAAGUAUUCUGGUCUACGGAUUGGGAGCAUGUAUCUACGCCUCUCAAAUCCCCGAACGCUGGUUUCCGGGUUUAUUUGAUUAUUGCGGCGCAAGUCAUAAUAUAUGGCACAUUGCUGUGUUGGGGGGGAUACUGUUUCAUUAUUUUGCGAUGCAGGAAUUGUUUGCGGAUGCGUUUUUGAGGGCGAAGGGGGAGUGUCCUAAUUUGACUGCUUAGUUCAAGCGUGCAUACAAUCGGUUUCAUAUAGAUUUUUGUUCAUAGGUUAUUUGGAGUACAUAUUUAUUUGCUUUUUAUUCCUCUUGGCCAUGUUUAGUAGUAAUUUAAUUACACGACAUUCCUCUUCGAAGCUUGGAAGGUUGGUACUCGGAGUUGGCACUGAAGAGACUUGCUCAAGUGACCAUGAAUAGGUAGAUUUCACGGAGUGAAGAACACAUAUAUAGAUAUCA